CCUUGGCGUGCGUGGCGUGAAAAUGUCGACUGCUGACUGUACUGGUGGCCGCGCAUACACAUAGGACGAAGGGUUGCCGGGGGAGAGAGAGUUACCUUUCGUGGCGACGGUCACCGUGCUCCCAAGGCCUCCAAGGCCGUUCGAAGGCCUUGACGAAUGUCAUCGUAGAUAAAAGAAAAAGACGCGGAGGGAGAUACGCGCGUCCGAAGCCCUUAUCUUAGCGGGGUAGUCGCGCCACGAACUGCCACGAGGUUCACGUGCCUUUCCCCGAUUCGGCGCUCCGAUUAGCCGGCUCUCCGUAUUCCACGCGGAAUUCCAUCCGAAACGAUGAGGCUCCAGCGGAUGCUGCUCGUCGUCGGCUAUCUGAUGCGCUAUCACAUCGCCCGUUCAAUAGCCGCACCUAUGAGAGCGACAAGUCAGGCUUUAUUGGAUGAAAAUGAUAUUACGUUUCGGGAUGACAGCGAUGAUGACGUCACGACAGAGGACCCGUUUCUCAAAAAGUGCAUCGUAGACGGAAAUUCCUAUUUUCACAGUCAAACGAUACCGUCGUAUGACUCAAAUUCACAUUGCCUGUGCGUCGUCGGUGAAGUUUACUGUUGGUGGCAAGAUUAUAAUUCGAACAUCGUCUCGUCGCUUGGCUCAUCUUCUCCGCGAUCGACCACAGUGGAAAACAAUUACACUUCAUCUCCGGAAAUGAGGACGGACAUUAUUGUGGAAGACUUUGAGGCUUCCGGAAAUUUUGACUCGUCAGUUAGCCAGCAAGGGCACAUAGAAAUUAACACCACUUUGUCAGUCACAACGCCUUCUGUACCGACCAUUUGCCUUGUGAUGGGGAGAGAGUAUCGACAGGGUGAGAUACUACCACACUCAACCGGGAACUGCGUCGAAUGCAGCUGCGGAUCCGAAGGCCGCAUCGAAUGCUCGCCAAAAGACUGUGUGGCACUACGACCCGAGAUAUUAGUUGCACCUGAUAAAUCUGAGGUACCCGACGGGGAUUUCGAAGUUUUCAACUUAUUGCGAGAUUGGGAUAUCGACGAAAAUUUCUAAAGUAUCUGAUAACGAGUCGUACAAACUUGCUCAGUUCUGCUGAUUGCUGCGAUAUUAUUAACGUCGAAAGGCUAACUUCUCGUUUAAUUAAACACGACUUCAAAAACCAUUCAAAUGUGAACAGAUAUCUGCAAAUGAAAAUAGAUCUUUGAGAGUAGAUUGAUUCUUGAAUGGAUUCGGAUUAUCGAAAUUGAAUGAAAAAAAAGUAAGAAGUAUAUAGAUUUCGCGUUUAUACAGUUCAU